ACAUGACAUUUAACUCCACCCACCCACAGUGUCUCUUCGCGUCGAUGGAUUUGGGAAAGCCACCCGGGGGCUUACGCUCCAUACAGCCGUUUUUGACGAUUUAUAAGCAGUUCAUAAAGAGAGAUCCUGUGGUUUCCUACUUUGCCCUAAAGCACGCCGUAAGAGAAGGUAUCCAAGGAAUCAAUGCUCCUGGGCGUGACGCUGCAGUAAAAGCGGAGUCCAAAGCUUACUUAACUACCCUACUGGAUGUUCUGGAGGAGGUUGGAAGUACAUGGAUGUGGACAUGUCUAAACUGUGUAACAAACUGCAGAUGAAGGGUAACCUGAGAGAAACGGAUGAGCUAAGCAAGGAACUGAGCAAUGAACUGGUUGGCGCAACACAUGUAGAAGAAGCAGGGCUGCAUCUCUUUUCAUAUGCUGACAAAGAAGACAGGAGUGGCAACUAUCACAAGUACCUAACUCACUUUGCAUUUGCUAAACUUAUAUCACUUUAUUGAGUUUGGUGCAGAAACAUGGUAAAGGCAUACUUCACAUCAUUUCACAUGUUUGGAAUUGUGAAAGGACUGGAGGAAUUGAAUGAAGAGAUCGAGACCAAACAAAAGUACGCCAUGUGGAGAGCUGUGGAGAUUGACCGAUGUCUGAAGAAUGGCAUCCAGCCCACGCCCCCUCCUGAAGACACCACACCAGAUGCUGGAGGUCUUUCAGAAACCAAGCCAACCCCCAAACCACGUAGCUUUCACCCAGAGGUUGGAGUACCCCCUCAGCCAGCUGGAGUUUGGGUACCCCCUCAGCCAGCUGGAGUUGGAGUACCCCCUCAGCCAGCUGGAGUUGGAGUACCCCCUCAGCCAGCUGGAGUUUGGGUACCCCCUCAGCCAGCUGGAGUGGAGUACCCCCUCAGCCAGCUGGAGUACCCCCCUGAAGGAGCUGGAGUUGGAGUGCCCCCUGUAGUUGGAGAGCCUCUCAGCAGUUUGUCACCAGAGGUCAUCAGUGAGGCCCAGAAGAAGUGCAAAUUUGCCAGCUCAGCUCUGGACUAUGACGAUGUAGUUGGAGCGAUAGAAUAUCUAACUGAAGCACUACGACUGUUACAGAAAUAAUAUUUUGUUGUAAUGCAUCUCUGAGCACUCAUAACAACAUUACGAUAGCAGGGUUGAUUGAU